UCUAUCAUCCGUCCCACUACCGAACGGCCAUUUUACAAAUCCGAUCGUGAGGGUGAAGGUGAAACACUCUUCGACGGAAUUUAUCGGCAAAUCUUGACCACAUCGCGUUUUUAAUCGUAUAUAUCGCUUUCGUAAAUUCUUUAUCAUUUUUUCAAUCAGCUACUUUGUGAUCAUGUCUCGUGAUCGGUCCCGUAACCGCGGAGGAUUCCAGCAACGAGGCCGCGGAGGCUUCGGGAUGCGCGGUGGGAUGGGAAACCCAUUCUUUAGGAAUCAAAACCAGCAGCCUUUCCAAAACCGUGGGGGCCAUAUGGGCGGUGGGAACAGGCCAAACCUGGGAUUUCAACAAAAUCAAGUCUCUACGCCGCAGAAGCCACAGGAACCCGCACAGAAUAAGCCUGCUAUCCAGUCACCGCCGGCCCAAGUUCAAGGCACGGCCCAACAGAGUAACGCCGCAACAAACAAAGGCCCGUCGACGCCGCAGGCUGCAAGCGCCGCUAACGUUACUCCGAAGAUCCAGUCUCCGCCGCCUCAAAAUAACGCCAACGUGAAGAACCCAGACCUCGGUUCUCCACAGAACCAACCAAAACCUAACGUAAACGUUAAUCAACCGAAACAGAACGUUAAUCAACCGAAACAGAACGUUAAUCAACCGAAACAGAACGUUAAUCAACCGAAACAGAACGUUUAUCAACCGAAACAGAACGUUAAUCAACCUAAACCUGGAAUGGGGAAUGGCCAGAAACCACCUAACGUUACUCCGUUAAAAGAGCCAGAGCAGGCAAAACAAAGUCCAAAAAUGAACGAUGACGUCCCUCAAUCUCAGGAGCUGAAGGCAACACUGUCUCUACUGCGCAAGCCUGGGGAGAAAACAUAUACUCAACGUUGCCGAUUGUUUAUUGGUAACUUGCCAAACGACAUCACUGAAACAGAUUUCAGGAAAAUGUUUGCAAAGUUUGGGGAACCCAGUGAAAUCUACAUCAGUCAAAGCAAAGGUUUUGGCUUUAUCAGACUGGAAUCUCGUGCCAUUGCUGAGAUUGCAAAAGCUGAGCUGGAUGAUACUCCGAUGAAAGGCAGACCACUCCGAGUUCGUUUUGCCACUCAUUCUGCUGCACUGUCUGUGCGCAACUUGUCUCCCUUUGUCUCAAAUGAGCUAUUGGAAGAGGCCUUCUCUCAAUUUGGAGUCGUGGAAAGAGCCAUUGUUAUUGUGGAUGAUCGUGGACGUUCCACAGGCAAAGGCAUUGUGGAAUUCUCUUCCAAACCUGCAGCUCGGAAGGCCAUUGAUCGGUGUAAUGAUGGGGUGUUCCUUCUUACAACGUCACCUCGACCAGUGGUUGUUGAAUUGUUAGAGCAGUAUGAUGAUGAGGAUGGUUUGCCAGAGAAGCUUGCCCAGAAGAACCCCACUUAUCAAAAGGAACGGGAGAACCCUCCACGGUUUGCCCGUCCUGGCACCUUUGAGUUCGAAUACUCUCAGCGCUGGAAGUCUCUUGAUGAGAUGGAGAAACAACAGAGGCAGCAGGUGGAGAAGAACAUUCGUGAAGCCCGUGAGAAGCUGGAAGGAGAGAUGGAAGAUGCCUAUCACGAGCAUCAGGCGAACAUGCUCAGACAGGACCUUCUUAGACGUCAAGAAGAGCUUCGACGCAUGGAAGAGAUGCACAGCCAAGAGAUGCAGAAGCGUAAAGAGAUGCAGCUCAGACAAGAAGAGGAACGCCGCAGGAGAGAGGAAGAGAUGUUGCGGCAGAGGGAGCUUGAGGAACAGAUGAGGCGCAAACGUGAGGAAUCUUACAGAAUGGGCGGUUAUAUGGACAACAGAGACAGGGAGAUGAGAAUGAAUGCUGGUGGAGGCAUGGGUUUGUCAGAUAUGUCAUUUGGAUCAGCUAGCCAGAAGUUCCAGUUGUCAGGAUUGAAUUUUGAAGCACAAGGAUUGGCGGGAACAUCACCGGCGGGCAUGGCGUCCAACGAAAUGCGCAAUGAGCGUUUCCCACAAGGUGGCCCAAGGGGCAUGGGUGCUGGGAACCCAGGAUAUGGCAGGGUCCGUGAGGAAUUUGAUGGACCUGCCAAGAAGCCACGCUUCUGAUCUGGCACUUUAAAGCAGAUUUUGUGUGAUGUGGAAUUCCAGAGGCUCAGUUCUGCAGUUAAGAAUGAUGUAUUUAAGUUUCAAGAAUUUUCUUGCAAUUUUAUCCUGAAGACUCCUUUUUUCUUUCUACUUUUAUUUUGUAUUCUUAAUAGGUUUAACAAUAAAAUGGCUCAAGUUGGCACUAGCUUAGUGCUACCAAUAUGUAAUUUUUCCCUUGCUACUACUCUACAUCUUGUCAUGUUACUUGUGUUUAUACUGGUGAAUAUUGUGAGUUGUUCAGCUAUCUUUAUGGCUAUGUUCUUUGCCAAUUACAUUUACAGUAAUGCAUGUAAGUUUUCAAUAAAGAGUACAGUUGUUAUUCCUAAACCCCA